CUACAAUUCCCUCAAUGCCCCCUAAGUAAACGUUCACAACGGAAGUGUUAAGCUACUUUAGUGAGGACAUACUUUGAUAAACAUUGAUAUGUUUCGGGUUUGUUUCUGUAAUAUUAUCUAUGUAUCGACUCUUGUACUCUUUAUCUAGUAAUACAUUGCUCGCGUAUACACUCUUGUGGAUGAACUAGCAUGUUUAGUCAACUAAGCUAGCAUGAUAGUUCAUUUAUUACAGAUUAAUUGUGCUAAUGUGACGUGAGCCUGGAAGGAAAAGUCACUUUGUUACGGUUCAGGAUGUACACUUUGCUGUCGGGUCUUUACAAAUAUAUGUUUCAAAAAGACGAAUAUUGCGUGUUGAUUCUCGGGCUGGAUAAUGCUGGCAAAACGACAUUUCUGGAGCAAACAAAAACGAAAUUUAGCAAGAACUACAAAGGAAUGAGCCUUUCCAAAAUCACCACCACGGUCGGGUUGAAUAUUGGCACUAUAGAUGUGGGAAAAGCACGGCUCAUGUUUUGGGAUCUUGGGGGACAAGAAGAAUUGCAGUCACUAUGGGACAAAUACUAUGCAGAAUCUCAUGGAGUUAUCUAUGUAAUUGACUCCACUGAUGAAGAGCGUCUGACCGAGUCAAAGAAUGCCUUUGAGAAGAUGAUAAGUAGUGAAGCUCUCGAAGGCGUUCCUCUUCUGGUUCUUGCAAAUAAGCAAGAUGUAGAGAACUGUUUGUCUGUAUCUGAUAUUAAGACUGCAUUCAGUGACUGUGCACCCAAAAUUGGUAAACGGGACUGUCUGGUCCAGCCUUGUACUGCUCUGACUGGUCAGGGGGUGAACGAAGGAAUUGAAUGGAUGGUGAAGUGUGUGGUUCGGAACAUUCAUCGUCCACCCAGACAAAAAGACAUUACAUAAACUGACAUUUAUUGUGUGUGUGUGUGUGUGUGUGUGUGUGUCCGGAUCUGUUGAUCUGUGAGAAAUCAGUCGAUGUGGAUUUUAUUGCAGUGGUUGCAUUUAUCCCAGCUUCUUGUCUUACGCUAAAGCACCAGCUCUGAAGGACAGGCGUGUGCUCGUGUAAAUGGACUGUACUGUACAUUCAUGUUAACUUGUUUUUUAAAGUACACAUUAAAUGAAAGACAGUUUGCUUUGACAGUGAAUUCUCUUGUAUUGCAGAUGCUCAUCUUGGAGCAAAACUCUCUGUUCAGCAAGAUUAAAGUAAAAAAAAAAAACGGUGGGGGGGUCUGUUUUUUAAGACUAAGAUAUUGAAAUAAUCUAAACAUUCUACAUGGAACAUACACAAGUUCAGCAGCUUAGUUUUGUUCUUCAUUUUGGAAUCCUACCACAUCAGAUUUUUUAACAACUUCUAUAAUAAAUUCUAUAAUAAACACCAUUGUUGAAAGCGAAUAAAGCCUCUGUGACCUCUGUUUACUAAAAAAUCGUCCUGGUUAUUUCAGACAUCAGGGGAUUUGAACAUGCAGGAAAUGCAUGUGUUUUUGUUACAUCUCGUAUUGAUUCGCGUUCCAGGAUCAAGUGUAAGCCUAAAACUGGUUGUCUAGUGUCAAUCAGUGGCUGUGUCGAAUUUGAUUAAAGUUCUGAAUAUAAUCUUACACAGUCCCAUGUGAGUGUUUAUCUUUCUGUCUGUGUGAAUUUCCCAUCAAACCUAACGUUCUGAUUCCUUCCUGGAUUGUUCAAGUCCCAAGUUUCUUUUAACCUCUCUUUUUUUUUUCCAUGGGAGCUAUUCUUCUCCUGUUUGCUUUCUUUACAGGAUUAAUGAGCUCACCUCUGUAUUAAUGCAGGCAAUGUUUUGGCUCUUUUAUUAAUGAAACACUUCCGGGAACCUCCUUCACCACAGCAGUUAAGCCUGUGAAUAAUCACUGACUAAUGUAACAUGCAGUGUACUGAAUAAUGUCAGGUACUGUGGAAUAUUUUCUUUUUUUGUAUUAAACAAUGACACACCUUUAAACUUUAUAGUCUAUAUGGUAGAUUAAGAAAAUGAAGAACCUACAAAGCCACACUAACUGUGUUCUGAUAUUGCUUUGCACCCAUAAUGUGUUGAUGUACAUGUUUGUCUCAAUCUUAGAGAACAGGUAAAUGACUUGUGCAACUCUAUUUAGAUAGUUACUGUAAAUAGAGCGGUAAAGCCUGCUGUCCUGUUCUAGCUUUUGCACCUUAUUCAGAUCAGUGUGACACCAGACAUAUCGCAAGACAUACUUAAAAGCUGAUCUUGCACAUGAGUUGUGUAUGUGGACUGUAUUGUUAUCUUGUUUUACCUUAAAACAUUCUACAUUCUACAGUAGUAGUAAUUUAAUAUGCAUGAUUGCACAUUGUCUUGCAGGAAGUUUAGUAAAAGCAAUAAACAUCAAUGAAAGCCACGUUACACCACAGAAAUAAU